ACGAAAGGUUCUAAUCUCACUACGAGGGCAGCAGAAUCACGAUACACAAGGCCGCCGCUCGCGUCCCCAGAGAUUUUUACUAUAAUCCUCUUUCAUACAACAGGGCGUGCAUCCACCGACGUUCAGAUCCAAUCCCACAUUCCGUCCUUGGACAAUUAUCCUAUGCUCCAAAGAUGGAAACAAGUAUUAAAGACAACGUAGGCCCGCCUAAGCUAGUACUAAAAGUUCUCACGCAGCAUUUGCCGUACUCCCUCCCUACUUUGAGAAGAUUACAGUUCAUGGAGACCCCUGGAGGAUGUAAGACAUCACAUUCACAUAUCUUAUCUACAUUCGACACGGAAGCUCCCAGUAAGGACUUUCUCAUUGCCUUUUUGGAUUUCUCUAGGGGUCCAGACACAGAAAUGUGGCUCUAUUCAUCCCUCGAGAAUCCAGCGACUCCUGGUGACGACACAGUGUGCGAGGAACAGGUCCUGAAUCUCUUGGCACGAGUGCGGAAGAUCGAAGGGAAUUACGAAGCACAGCGGGUAACUCCAGGGAUUUUGUUGAUUGGGAGUAUUCAUACGAGAGUAUUCAAAAUCCUCCAAAAGCAUUCGCUGGUCAAGAGCCAGACUCCAGAGCAUUUCAAGUUUUUGUUUAGGGUCAAAGAUUUACCGCUGGGAAGAGAGCUCCCUGAUGGACUAUCGUGGUCAGAAGUUAGACCAUCGGACAUGCCGCUCAUCCUCUCGAGGACUCCGAUCCCGUACCAAGAGAAAAUGAUGAAGUUGAACCCCAGCGCGUCUAUCGAAUCAAGCACUUGUAUCCCAAUAGCAUGGACAUUUCUAGGUCCGGAUGGAUCAUUGAAGCUUUUGCACUGCGAGGAAAAAUACCGCGGUCGGGGAUUCGCAAAAGCUGUGACUCUGAAAUUGUUCAACGACAGUGCCGUGGAUCUUGUGAAAGACGGUUUGUAUCAUGCUGAUGUUGCUGUGGAGAAUCUUCAGAGUCAGGCAGUGUGUAAGAGCUUGAAAGGGACUGUGGAGUGGACGACUUAUUGGGGUUGGGUAACUAUAUCCUAGGAUACGCUUGAAGAGUUGCGUUUACUACACUAGAAUAGAUAGAGGAGAAAUUGGUGACUUGAGUAUUUGCUACGCACUUUCAGUUCAAUUAUGUCUUUUCGAGAAAUCGUACUAAAUUGUC